UACCCCAUGAAAUUAUGUGGCACCAAAAAGAGUGGUAGUCUAGUCUUGUGGAUUAUAUAAACAAUCUGAAUGAAGUCUCCGAGCAAUUCGUUCUAAUUUACGGGGAAAAUUCUUUUUUAGACUACAAAUUUCCCACCAAAUUUCGGAUCACCUCACCCUCACCCUCACCUCAAAAAAGCAGCCCAAAAAAACAAAAAUGGCAUUUGUUUCUCAUUUUCUCUUCAAUUAAUGCUAAUGCUAUAAUUUUGCUACUAUCUUUGUUUUUCACCUCUUUUUCUUUGAUGUUUCAUAAAAUAGAAUAAAACCUAACCCCAUUAUUUUCCCUUUCUGACUACUCGUUUUACCUUUUUCGAAUUCUGGUAAAAAAACAAAACACACAAAUUAUUCUCUUUUUGUUUAAAAAAAAAAUCAGUUUCCUCGUAGAAAUUUCUCUCAACCCUUCAUAUAAUAUUGAAACACUUUCUCAUUGGUUUCAUGGGUCAAAUUUACAUGAAGUAGUCCGUAUAAAUAAUGGAGAGAAGCUGAGUUUUUAUUUAUUUAUUCUGGGUUAAAAGCUUUAAAAUAACCAAGUAUAUAAGGUAAGAUCAUAGUUAUAGUUAGAGAGAGAAAAGAGAGGAGAGCGAAAAAAUGGAGAGUUAUUUGAGUCAAAACUUCGAGGUGAAACCAAAAGGAACAUCAGAUGAAGUGUUGGAAAGAUGGAGGAAUUUGUGUGGCGUCGUCAAAAAUCCAAAGCGUCGUUUUCGUUUCACUGCCAACCUUUCCAAACGUUACGAGGCGGCUGCUAUGCGUCGUACCAAUCAGGAGAAGUUGAGGAUUGCUGUUCUGGUUUCAAAGGCUGCAUUCCAGUUUAUACAGGGUGUGGCACCGAGUGAUUAUGCAGUCCCUGAGGAAGUGAAAGCAGCAGGUUAUGGAAUAUGUGCUGAUGAGUUGAGUUGCAUUGCCGAAGGCCAUGAUCUAAAGAAGGUAAAAGCCCAUGGAGGAGUAAUGGGAAUUGCAGAAAAGCUCUGCACAUCAACUGAAAAUGGGCUUACCACCGAUCCAGCUACACUUGCUUGUAGGCAGGACUUAUUUGGGAUCAACAAGUUUGCUGAGCCUCAACUUCGGAGUUUCUGGGUGUUUGUUUGGGAAGCCCUUCAGGAUAUGACAUUGAUGAUUCUUGGAGUUUGUGCUUUCGUCUCUCUGAUAGUUGGUGUGGCUACAGAGGGGUGGCCUGUGGGGGCUCAUGAUGGGCUCGGCAUUGUAGCUUCCAUCUUAUUAGUUGUGUUUGUAACUGCAACUAGUGAUUAUCGUCAGUCCUUACAGUUCAGGGAUCUUGACAAAGAAAAGAAGAAGAUUGCUAUUCAAGUUACUAGGAACGGUGAUAGGCAGAAAAUGUCUAUAUAUGACCUACUUCCUGGUGAUAUUGUGCAUCUUUCUAUAGGGGAUCAAGUCCCUGCUGAUGGGCUAUUUGUCUCAGGAUUCUCAGUGUUGAUUGAUGAAUCAAGCUUAACCGGAGAGAGCGAACCUGUUAUGGUCAGUGAUGAAAACCCUUUUCUUCUCUCGGGGACCAAAGUCCAAGAUGGAUCAUGCAAGAUGAUUAUUACAACUGUUGGGAUGAGGACUCAAUGGGGCAAGUUGAUGGCAACUCUUAGUGAAGGGGGAGAUGAUGAGACCCCAUUACAGGUCAAACUCAAUGGGGUUGCCACCAUUAUUGGUAAAAUUGGACUUUUCUUUGCUGUGGUGACUUUUGCAGUACUUGUAAAUGGUCUAGUAGCUCGCAAAUGGAGAGAAGGGACUCAUUGGUAUUGGGCUGGGGAUGAAGCACUGGAGUUGCUAGAGUACUUUGCAAUUGCAGUUACCAUUGUUGUGGUGGCUGUUCCUGAGGGGUUGCCUUUGGCUGUGACUUUGAGUCUUGCGUUUGCCAUGAAGCAGAUGAUGAAUGAUAAGGCCUUAGUCCGCAACUUGGCUGCUUGUGAGACCAUGGGAUCAUCUACUACUAUCUGUAGUGAUAAAACCGGGACCCUAACUACCAAUCACAUGACUGUGGUAAAAUCUUGCAUUGGCUUGAAUGUUAAGGAAAUUACCAAUGAAUCUAGCUUGCGCACUGAGUUGCCUGAUUCUACCUUGAAGCUUUUGCUUCAAUCCAUAUUCAAUAACACGGGAGGAGAGGUAGUUGCCAAUAAAAAUGGGAAGCAUGAAAUAUUGGGAACCCCCACAGAAACCGCUCUCUUGGAAUUUGCCUUGUCACUUGGUGGUGAUUUUCAUGCUGAGAGGCAAGCAUCUAAGCUUAUCAAAGUUGAACCAUUUAACUCUACAAAGAAGAGGAUGGGUGUAGUACUAGAUCUUCCUAAUGGAGGAGGUUUAAGAGCCCACAGCAAAGGUGCUUCGGAGAUAGUUUUAGCUACCUGUGAUAAAGUGAUUAAUGCAAAUGGAGAGAUUGUUCCCCUAGAUGCAGAAACUUUGGAGCAUCUUACGGUUACAAUUGAUCAGUUUGCAAAUGAAUCUCUUCGAACCUUGUGUCUUGUCUACAUGGAUAUGGAGAAUGCAGGAUUCACUCCAAAUGACCCUAUGCCCACUGAAGGGUACACUUGUAUAGGGAUUGUGGGUAUUAAAGAUCCUGUUCGACCUGGAGUCAAGGAGUCUGUUGCAAUGUGUCGUGCAGCAGGGAUAACUGUUAGGAUGGUUACGGGAGACAACAUAAAUACAGCCAAAGCUAUUGCAAGGGAAUGUGGUAUCCUUACUGAUGAUGGUAUUGCCAUAGAAGGUCCGGUUUUCCGAGAGAAGAGCCUAGAAGAAUUAGAGAAAAUCGUUCCUAAAAUUCAGGUGAUGGCAAGAUCUUCUCCCCUAGAUAAACACACACUUGUGAAGCACUUGAGAACAACAUUUAAUGAAGUCGUGGCAGUCACAGGAGAUGGGACAAACGAUGCCCCUGCUCUACAUGAAGCUGAUAUUGGACUUGCAAUGGGCAUUGCUGGUACUGAGGUGGCUAAAGAAAGUGCUGAUGUUAUCAUUCUAGAUGACAAUUUCUCUACAAUUGUUACUGUUGCUAAGUGGGGACGUUCAGUUUACAUAAACAUUCAAAAGUUUGUGCAGUUCCAGCUGACUGUUAAUAUCGUUGCCUUGCUUGUUAACUUCUUUUCAGCCUGUUGGACUGGGAGUGCUCCGCUUACUGCUGUUCAGCUUUUAUGGGUCAACAUGAUCAUGGAUACCCUGGGAGCUCUUGCAUUGGCCACUGAGCCUCCUAACGACGACUUAAUGAAGCGAACACCAGUUGGGAGGCAAGGGAAUUUCAUCAGCAAUGUCAUGUGGAGGAAUAUAUUAGGCCAAUCCUUCUACCAAUUCAUGGUGAUUUGGUUUCUGCAAGCAAAUGGAAAAGCUUUGUUUGGUCUUCAAGGUCCAGAGGGUGAUUUGAGCUUGAAUACUCUAAUCUUCAAUUCCUUUGUGUUCUGUCAGAUAUUCAAUGAAAUAAGCUCAAGAGACAUGGAGGAGAUAGAUGUAUUUAAGGGCAUAUUAGACAAUUAUGUUUUUGUUGCCGUCAUCAGUAUAACCCUCUUCUUCCAAAUUAUAAUCAUCGAAUAUCUUGGUACAUUUGCCAACACCACUCCCCUCAGUUUCAUGCAGUGGUUCCUUAGUAUCUUCAUUGGAUUCUUGGGCAUGCCAGUUGCAGCCGGCUUGAAGAAAAUACCAGUUUAAGACUCCUGUAUCAAACAAGCACACUAUGUAUGGAUCAAGUCCAGAAGCAUUAUUUGCAUUAAGCACUAACUGUCUAACAUCUUUUGUUACCUACCCGCUGCUAACUUCAUGACCUGCAGACGCGUUUGAUUGGAAGAAUUUAAAGUAAAUGUUCUAAUAUCAGUAUCAUGAGCAGCAGAGCAGGAGAUCACUUUGUUUUCUUAAAUUUUCUAAUGUUUUACGACCAAGGCGCAUUUGUAUGCCAGGGUUUAGGAAGUAGUUUGUUAUUUAGAUUCCUUUUAAGUUGACUACUUGUAAAUCAACAUGAUUUCUCUGUAACUAGGAUCUUGAUUUCAUUCAGUCAAACUGUAAUGCUUAUCACCAUCUUUGUGAAAUUCCAGAAUUCUCAGGGUAAUGUUUCUCUUUA